AUGGAAAAAUCAACAACAAAAAAUUUAAAUAAAUUUAAAAAUUAUUUUUUAAUUAUUUUAUUCUUAAUUUCAUCAAUUUUAAUAAUAAUAAAUGCACAAUUUCCACAAAAUCAAAUGGGAGGUGGAGGACCUCCCCCACCUCCACCCCCUGUAGCUAUUCCUGUUGGUGGAGGUAAUGUUCCUGUAGGGGGUGGGGGUGGACAGAAUAUUGGUCCUCAAGGAUCUCAACUUUUUUCUGGAAUUGGAGAUAAUUUACUUUAUGGAGUAAAUUUGGUCCCUUUUGGCCCAGAAGUUGGCGAUAGAAAAGUCCAUCCAGGAUUUUUGACAGCUGGACAAACAAUAGAUUUAUAUAUGUAUUUUCCUUUUUAUGGAGGUCUUUACAACUAUACAACUUUGUCAGUAAAUGGAUAUAUGGCUUUUGCUACAGUGCUUGACCAAGGCCCCACAAUUAAUGUCGGUCCCGAAGCUACAGAUUGGCCUAGACAACAAGAUCCAGCAAUGAUUGGCCCUUAUUUAUGCAAACAACAAAUACCCCAAGAUAGCAAUGUAGCUUUAAGAUCGGGUGUUUAUUAUCGUUUAAUUAUGAGACAAUCAAUGUUUGGUAGAGGUUCUGGAAUGAAUGUUGGAGGGCCAGAUGUUGGGGGAACAAUGCCGGAAAGUAGUUUCUUUGGUUUUCGUUUUCAAAAAUGUCCGGCGGCUGCUGACAAUUAUGUAAGGUGUGACGCUGCUGGAGAUUAUUUUCUUGAUCAAAUGAUGCGUUGGUUACAGGAAGGAGUAGCAGGGGCAACAGCAUUUCGUGCAGAUGCUGCUUUAGUCGUUACCUGGUAUAACACAGCCUCUGCAAUUUCUGGUAGAGCAGAUAUUGAUGGAGGGCAAUUAGCUACUUAUCAAGUUGUUUGGUUAACUGACCAAGCUGGGAGACUUAGUUAUGUUAUUUUAAAUUAUGACAAACUUGGAUUUGAUGCUGCUGAUAUUCGAAUGAAUUCUAGAAGUGGAAGGUGUCAGGCACUUUUCAAUGGAGGGAAUCACACAGGCUUUGUGCUUGUAGACCCAACACAAAAUUACAAAAACACCCCCAAAGUCCUAGCUCAGCGUUCUGGCGUUCCUCACAUGGUUCGUGGCCGUUAUAUGUUUAGAGUUGAUGAUGUUGUUAGGCCUGGAGGGUGUUCAAAUAAAACUGGGGGAACUUACCCAAUAAUGAUAUAUCCAAAUAUUGUAAAUAUGUUGGGUGAAAUGACUGUUGAUGUUAAUGCUAUUUGUUUGGAUAGAACACAAACAUAUAUUUUAAUGAUUGAACAAAGACAGACAGCUUCUUGUAUUGUACUUAAUGCAGCAAUGGCUAGAUGUAAUAUUCCAAAAAUUUAUGAUUGGGGAACUAAAACUGUGUUUUUCCAACCACAAAGUCAAGGAGCUAAUGAUGAAAGGGCUUUUGUUGGAUAUAUUUAUUUUGUUCCCCCAACAUUAGAUCCUAUGCGUUUGGAUGUUGGCAAUAUUUAUGAUUGGUACAAAAAUCCCUUACCAAAUAUUGUUAUGCCCAUUUCUUGGUAUCCUCGCAACUUUACAAAUCCAGAUUUAAACUUUUUUGAUCAAAACAUGCAUAUAAGUGAUGAUGCCGUUUAUGGUGUUCAAUUGGGGUUAUAUGUUAUUGGUUAUAAAGAAUCUAAGGAUGACCAAAUCAAAAAAUUCCGCCCCGAACAUCGAGUUCUUUGUAGAUUAGCAACUUAUUCUAAUAGAAAUACUUAUGAGUAUAGAUGGAAUGCACAGAAAGAGAGAAUUAAUUUAAAUCAAGUUGAACAAUGGUACAUGAAUGAUUGGGAAAGAAUGAAUGAACUUUUCACUUUUAGAGUUGGAUAUUUAAAAUUAUCUCCUUUAAGAACAAAUGAACAAUCAGCGUUUCAAGCCCCUCAACUUCUUUCCGGCCUUGUUUCUGCCCCAAUUUCCCUUCACUGGCUUUGGACUAUUGGAAAUCCUCGAUAUGAAACAACAACAUUUUCUCGUCAAGAACAAGACGUUCAACAAGAAUUUAUUGCUCAAAAAGCAAAAGAAAUGUGUCAUGAUUGGUUUGAUGAAGAUGGGGCCCAAUGGAACUUUAUUCGAGAUGUAGAAACAAAUGCUUCCUGUCCUUGCAUGGAAAAUCAGGCCAAAUUCGACUUGGGUCGAUUUAUGCCCCAUCCACGUUGUUCACAAACAUUUAGGGAUAUAACCUGUACUACAAUGAUUGGGGCAAAGAAUUGUUAUAUGAGUUCAUCCAACAUUUACGGCUCUUAUUCUGGCAGGCAUUUUGAUUAUGGUUAUGGAUAUAGUGAAUAUAGUAGAGGCGAUUUUUAUAGAGAUAGAGGGCCAGAAACGGGAGGUGAAGGAACUUCUUUUGGUGGUGGAUAUUAUGGAAGGGAUGGUCAAGAUAGGGGAACACGAUUUCCAACACAUUAUGGACAAGUUUGUUGUUAUGAUGAAAAGGGAUUUUUAAUGCAAACAACAUACCAACCAGUCAUUAAAGUAAUCGAAGAAACUCCCUAUAAUCCAGGCUUUCCACUGAGAGCCUAUGAAUUUGGUACCCCUCCAUAUAUGGGGCAAUUUGAAGUUCCUGGUCUUUCUGCCUUUCACCAUGAUUAUAUGCCUUAUUUUCUUUGUUGUAAAUUUGCCAAAUUUCGUUGCCAACUUUUUUAUUGGAGAAGGCCAAGUAGUGGAUGUCAACAAUAUCAACCACCAGCUAUUGGGGAAGCAAUGGGUGCUGGUACUUUCCACACUAUAGACAACGACAAAUUUGUUUUUAACGAGCCUGGUGUUUACACACUUCUCCACAUUCCCAAAACAAUAAAUAAUCCCGAAGUUCGAAUCCAAAUUCGUUUGGAACGUUAUCCCAACAGACGUGUAGAUUUUAGUAUGCUAGGCCGUUAUCUCUCUCAAGAACAAUUAGUUCAACCUACGAAUGCUACUGUAAUUACUGGAAUUGCUUUGGAGGCUACUGGGACUGAUAGAGUCUUAGUGUUGGCAAGAGGAGACACUCGACGAUUUCGCUAUCGAACUUCAGUUAUUGUUGGAAAUAUACUUCGGUAUUUUGACACAAUGAGGCUGCAACGAUUUAAGGGAGUUCUAAUUUAUGUAAAUAACGUGGAAAGAGGCCAACCAGAGGUUUAUGUAGUUUUGGAGGAAGCCCAAAUUGGUGUUCGAAUCAGAGAAAGUUAUUCUGUUGAUAUUGACAGAAUGCCAAUGUAUCAAGAAUCUAUGGGUAUUUUGGAUAUUGCUUUAAGUGUUCCUCCUCAAUAUGGAGUGCAACCAGAUGGAGAUAAAACAAGAGAUCAAGAAAUGCGUCAACGUUAUAAUUUGCCCCGAGUGUCAGGUUUAAUGCGUCCAUUCCCUGAUACAGUUACAGGCUCUAUAUACAGCACUUUGACUUUAAAUGAAGUUAAUUCUGAAUCAAUUCGGCAACAAAUAAUUACUUACUAUAGAGUACCCGGGUCUGGAGAACGUUUUACUGAUUAUCAACAACAAACUUUAAAUCAGUAUAUGACACCCACAGAUAAUAUGUUCACAACCAGCCGAGAGGAGGACAAAAAGUUCGAAGCCUUCCCGGAGGCCGCAAUGAAAAACGAACCAAUCUACAAAACUGCCCAAAUUUACGAAACCCCCCAAUACAGAUUUGUGCCUAGAACAGGCUCUGUAUUAAUGCAGAUAUUACAACAAUGCAAUGAUUUAGCUUCGAGAGAUACUCUCGGAAUGCAACCUUAUCAAGGCCAACUUUAUUGGGAUUGGGCUUCUCAAUGCCCAGACAAUCCAGGCAAAAUACUUCAACAUUGUGGAGAUAAUGUUCCUUGUCUUUAUGAUUUUACUCUUUUAAAUGCUGAAGUAUUAGGGAAUGAAGUAAAGGAUACUUGGAAUGCUUUUUUCCAUGAUAGGGGACAAGCAAUUAGAAGUUAUAAUAGUUGUGGACCUAUAAAUAUUGAAUAUCCUGAAUAUAUGGUUAAAACGCCAGCAUUAGCUCCAAGUUAUAUGCAAGGAGAUACUCAUUGGAUAAAGGGUGAUUCAGAAUAUAAAUGUUCUCUUGUUGUUGAUUAUAAUUACCCCAAUAGCUAUAGAUUUGAAUGGAAUAAAGGUGGGCAGCCUUGGUGCCGUUCUAGAGAAAUGGAUAAUAUGUUAACUUGGUUAUUAGGCAUACUUGGAACAGUGGGUAUUAUACUUGUAGUUGUUCUCCUAUUCCUCAGUUGUUGGGUUGUUAAAGUUAAAAGAAGGCAGGAUCAAGAAAAGGUUCCUGGAGGUACUCUAAGACAACAACAACAAUUUAUGGCACCAGGUUUUGGAGGAGCCGAAUCGAUGCCUCCAAAAAGUGUUGGAUCUGACAGCACUUUAGAAUUGAGACCUAAAAAUGGCGCCCCCUCUCAAAUUGCUGAGUAUUCCCCUGAAUUGAGAACUAGACACCCUACCAGUGGAGCUGGAUUGCCCGAUGAGACAUCUCAACUUUUGGGACUACACACAAGUGUUUAA